AUGGCAGGUCACGGCGCAUUUUGUGAAUCUUUCUCUUUCGCCCAGGACCCCCCUUCAGUCUCACGUUGGUCUGGUCCAGGUUUGCGGAAGCUAGGCUGAAGUCCGGAAGUUUGGGCGGUGGUUGAACGAGGCUCGAAACGGUCGAUCUUACUUCUUCGCUUGAAGGUAAAACCAAAAACAGCCAAAAUGUCAAGCAAGUGUCGCACCAAGGGAAAGAUCACCAAGAAGCGUCCUCAGCGGGCCACCUCCAAUGUCUUCGCUAUGUUCGAUCAGUCGCAGAUUCAGGAGUUCAAGGAAGCGUUCAACAUGAUCGACCAGAACCGCGACGGCUUCAUCGAUAAGGAGGAUCUUCAUGACAUGCUCGCUUCUCUCGGGAAGAACCCAAAGGAAGACUAUUUGGAGGCGAUGAUGACAGAAGCCCCUGGGCCCAUUAACUUCACCAUGUUCCUCACCAUGUUCGGAGAGAAGCUGAACGGCACAGACCCAGAGGAAGUCAUUCGUAAUGCGUUCGCCUGCUUUGAUGAGGAAGGAACAGGCUUCGUUCCGGAGGACUAUCUGAGAGAGCUGCUGACCACUAUGGGAGAUCGAUUCACAGACGAAGAGGUCGACGAGCUCUUCAGAGAAGCGCCGAUCGAUAAAAAGAGCAACUUCAACUACGUGGAGUUCACCCGUAUUCUUAAACACGGAGCCAAAGAUAAAGACGAUUAGACACACGUCCUCUUUAGUUGAGAGAAAUCAGUGCUGUCUGUUCCCCCGGAUCCCCAUGAGAGCCCACCUCUAACUUUAAUAUACUGAAUGAAAAUGAAGUGUUUACUCUGUGCGACUCACUGGAAGAAGAUCUCAUAUUCUGAGCAGGUUAUGAUAUAGAAGCACAGUUAAUGUCACUCAUGGUUUGAGCUGGUAAAAUGCGAGCUUGAACCAUGCACUUUUCUUUUUUUUCUUGGGCGGUGUUUAAACUUGUUUUUUUUCAGGCCUGCGUGGCGGUGUUUUGUUUAAUGCCAACUGGAACAAAUUCCACUUGAUUUCAUCACAUCUCACUGUUAACUGGUGAAAGCAGUCUCUUUUUUUCUUUUUUUUUUAGUUGUUGUUGAUUCAGAUGAUAAAAAAUGUGAACGUGUUGAUGUUUUAGAUGCAUUUGAUCGCGUUUGAUUUCAUUGCCUAACUUUUUACAUUUUAUGAUAUUAAAUAUUUUGAAUAAAUCUCUCUUAUUAAAACUUU